GUUCACGUCGGCUACCACGACGUGGCUCAGCUGAACGGCCUGCCGGAGACGGCCGCCGUGGUUGCGUCCGCGCACCCAGGGGCUCGCGGCAAAGCUAAGCUGGCACAGUGGAAGAGGCAGCUGCAGGACAUGACUGCGGCCCUGGACUUCGAUCCGCAGACGCUCGUUGCGCAGCAGGACCUGCUCGACCUGGCGGGGUCGGCGACGACUCCCGGCGGCUGGAAAGCUUCGCGCCCCCCGGCGACUGCUCGCUGGCGCCGCGCCUUCGCGCUGGGGGCCCGUGACCUUCGCUGCUGGGCCGAAGGGCGACCGAGGUCACCGAGCGGCGGCGCGCUGCCUGGCGCUGCCGAGGAGGAUGCGCAUGCUCUCGCGAAGCUUCGCAGGGAGCUCGACUGGCGCAGGGCGCGCGACGCGGCGGCCAAGACUGCAGAGCGGCGAGCCCGGGUGGCCCAGGCGGCUCAGAAGGGCGGGCGACAAGCCCACAGGUAUGCAGGGACAAAUCUGGAGGACAUCGGCGACCUCAUGGCGGAGGACGUGUCCAGGACCUCGCGCCCAGCGAGUGGGCAGCAGGCUGCGCGGCGCAUCCUAGACGACUGGUGGCACCUGUGGACUCGCAGGCGCGCAGUCGAUGCCCGCCCUUCCGCGCGGGGCGUCGGCGACGAGGAGCUACCGCCCAUCACGGUGGAGCAGCUGAAAGACGUGCGCGGCAGCUGUGAUUGGGCUGGCUACACCCGUUACCUGAUGGCGGGAUUCGGGCGCGAGGUCGGCUUCUCGCCCACGGUGGCGGGCCUGGACCUGCAGCGAUUCUAUGAGAACGUACGGCCCAGCCACUUGCUGGAGGCGACCAAAAUGCACCACUUCCCGCUCAAGGUGGUGCGAGGGUUGUGCUGCAUCUGUGCUGGCUGGAGAGCGGCCCCUUUCGAGGGGUGCAUCUUCGCUAAUUUCGAGGCGCGGGCGGCUAUAGUGGCGGGCUGCAGUGGAGAGCUAGCGCACGCAGUGGGCCCCUGUGUGUCGCUCCGCAACGUCGUGGACGACGUCCUCCCGAACGCGUCUGGCACCCGUGGCCUCGUGGUGGCCCAAAUGAUUGCCUGCGUCGACAGCUUGUUCAAGGACUUCCACGAGCUGGACCUGCCGCUCGCCGUCGGCAAGUGCAAGUACCUUGCCUCCGAUGCGGCCUUGGACAAGGAGCUCCAGGCGUCGCGGGCGUUGCCAGGGACAUCGCGGGUAGACGCCAUGGAGGCGACGGUCUAUAACCGCACCCUGUGCACCAGGCGGUCGGUUGUCGCGCAGGCGGCUCGCGGCCGCGCGGAGUGCUGGCGUGGGCACCGGCACGCGCAUUCGCGGCGAAGUGGGCUGGGUGACGCUGGCGUGCUGGAGCGCAUGGGGGCCGCGUCCUCGGCGCUGUGGGGGGCGGCCGCUGCUGGCCUGGCAGAUGGACCGCUGCGCGGCCUCAGGGUCAAGGCGGCGGCGGCGGCGCGGCUGCCCGAGGACUAUUCACUGGGCCUCCGCUUUCACCGUCGCCCGCAGGGCGGCAGGCUCGACCCGCCGGUGCUCCACUCGAUGGACGUGCAUUUCAUGUGGGCGUUGGCGGUCUGGGAGCAGCAUGUGAAGGGCCGCGUGCUGGACGUCACGUUGGCGGCCGCCGUCAAGCGCGCCAGCCGCAGUCAGCACCCUUGGCGCACAGCGCGCACACCUGCCGGCGCCGCCCUGCUCGCUGCUCGCAUGCUGGGCUGGGACUUCACGGGGCCCUACGCCGUUCGCGCCGACGAGAGCGUGGCGAUCGAUCUGCUGCGUUUGGGACCUCGGCAGGUGAAAGAGGAGGUCAGGCGCGCCGCGGCGCGGGCCUCCGACAAGCUGGCGCUCGAGGUCACGGGCAAGGCCCUGGCGCGAG